AGUUGGCAGACGACUACGGUCCGCGGCGCACCUCGUUACGUGCUCCGGAACAUCAAGACACCUCACGAAUUUUGACGAAUGACGAGUCUGUUGGCCAGCGCGCGAAAGAAAAUUCCGACAGUGUGAUACGGUGUUGUUGUGGUAUCGAAAAAAUUAUAUUAUCGAAAAUCGGGAAGUGCUGGAUGAAGUUGCCGAUGCGGAUGAUUUCAGUGCGAAGUGCGCGGGAAGUGUAGGGAUCGAUCCCCCUGCCAGUAUAUGGCUCAGCCCAGGGUGUAACUUUUAUAAUUAAGGCUGAUUCGUGUUCAAAAUUCCAGUCAUGGAUGUGCUUCAAAAAAAUUACGACGAUGGUAUCCAUCCGGGGUACAUGGACGGCGCGACCGGGGGCAUGUACGAGCCGCACGUGGCCCACCGACCCAGCUUACCAGGCCUCCACCACUCACCUCACUUGAACCACGCCAUGCACCCCUAUCACUCCAACCACGUCAACCCCACGGCCAACCACGUCAUGGGCGGAGCCGUUCCCGACGUCGGCAAGAGAGAUAAGGACGCUAUUUACGGACAUCCCCUAUUUCCUUUAUUGGCUUUAAUUUUCGAAAAAUGCGAAUUAGCGACGUGUACACCCCGAGAGCCCGGAGUGGCGGGCGGAGAUGUCUGUUCCUCGGAGUCCUUUAACGAAGACAUAGCCGUAUUUUCAAAACAGAUACGACAAGAAAAACCUUAUUAUAUAGCAGAUCCAGAAGUAGACUCAUUAGUUCACGAAUUAUGCGACAACUUCUGCCAUAGAUAUAUAAGUUGUUUAAAAGGCAAAAUGCCCAUAGACCUGGUGAUAGACGAAAGGGACUCGGGUAAACCGCCCGAGUUGACCGGCUCGACGAACGGGGACGGCGGCGCCAGAAGUAACGCGGACUCCACAUCGCACACGGACGGCGCUAGCACCCCCGAUGUCAGACCGCCGUCGUCGUCGUUGUCAUACGGAGGUCCUGUCAACGAUGAUGUUAGAUCUCCAGGUACUCCAGGACCUUUAUCGCAGCCGCCUGCGUCGCAGCAAAGCUUGGACGCAUCGGAUCCUGGAAAAUGGUGUCCACGGCGGGAAUGGUCAUCACCUACGGACGCCCGGGCGACGGACGCCGCCCGACGGGGCGUCCUCUAUUCAUCAGUCUUCCUCGGCAGUCCGGGUGAAGCGAGUAACGCAAGUAUCGGAAGCGGGGAAGGGACAGGCGAGGAGGACGACGAUACAAACGGAAAGAAAAAUCAAAAAAAGAGAGGCAUAUUUCCCAAAGUAGCAACAAAUAUACUCAGGGCGUGGUUAUUUCAACAUUUAACGCAUCCUUACCCGUCGGAAGAUCAGAAAAAGCAGCUAGCGCAGGAUACAGGCCUUACGAUACUCCAAGUCAACAACUGGUUCAUCAACGCGCGGCGGAGAAUCGUUCAGCCAAUGAUAGACCAGUCGAAUCGAGCAGUGUUUUCACCUCAUGCUGGACCUAGUGGUUACAGUCCCGAUGGUACGAUGGGUUACAUGAUGGACGGGCAGCAAAUGAUGCACCGACCACCGGGUGAUCCAGCUUUCCACAAUCAAUACGCACAUUAUCCCGAGUACUAUGGACACCAUCUGUGAGGUCCUCCUCUCAUGUCACAACGACAAUGGACAUAGAAAUAUGCAACUCUUAAUUGUGAUUAUUCUUUGUACAAAGUGUAAAUGUAGUGCCCAGUGUUUGUUAAAAAUAAAAAAUAAAAUAAACGGGAGAGAACUUGUACAAAAAAGUAUUAGACAUUUAAAUUCGUGCUGACUGCUGUACAUAGAUCGUGGUGAAAAAAUAAUUGGUGAGCUAUCCCGGAAGCGGUACUCACUUGUAUACAUAUAAAUAUAUACAUAUACUGCACCAACCGUUAUACAAAACUGAAGCUGAAACAAUGGACAACCGCAAAACAAACGUGUAAAGUCAUGUGGUCUCGUAGCUUUUAGGUUCCUCGAUGUGUUACCUAAAAAAUCGCCCCUCGUCCUAACCCCUGCUCCGAUCAGCCAACUUUCCCAACUCCGAGAAUACUAUACUUGUUCCUGCAACCCUCUCUCACCGCUACCUUCUUCAUCCCAAAUUGUACCUCGAAAAAUUGGCCGAGUAUACUAUAAACAAAUAGUCCCGAUUACGAAUAGUUUCCAAACUGAAGUCCUAAAGUGCAGCAUUCUGCUAUCUAAACUCCAUGAUAUAAACCAUUUCAAAAGGUACUCUCGUUUUUCUUUGAUAUAUCGACAAUUAAUAUUGCCUAACUUAUUUUGGAAAGACUAAAUUUUCUUAGCACUUCUUUAGGACUUUGGUUUUAAACUAUUAGGUAAUGGUACUAAUUUUAUCGAAACAAAUCGUAUACAAAAAAAUCAAUAAAGUACGACAUGUACAAAAUAAAAACAAGGUUGUGCUGUUGUAACAUAGUUGUUAUUUCUAUUUGUUGUGAUUUUUUUUGCUAAAAAACCUCAAGACUAUUUUAGUUUUUCGUGAGGUCAAAUUCGGAAAAUUUAAACCGAUUUUCAUUCGGAGUUCAUUCGUCUCGAAUUUUGGAAUGGUUGAAAUUUUUUGAAAUUGACUGCGUACGUAAUAUAAUAUAAUCAAUAUACGUAAAUUUCCCUAGAUGCAAAAUCUUAUCUUAUCUAGGAUUAUAUCAAAUACACAAGUAUACAGAAUGUCGCAAUGUUAACUCAGGUGGUAUUUGGCUGAUAAUAAUGUAUGCGGGAUGUCCCAUGUAAAAAUUUGAACUUCGACUUUAAUGUGAUAAUACGAAAUAAUAAUGAGUAUACUUGAAUGUUUUAUAACAUACGUCAUUUGAUGGGGUUUAAAUUUGAAUUUUAUAUCUACCAGUUGAUGGAUAUAAAUUCAGGGACGUCCUGUAUAUCAGAGACAAUUUAGUACUUAUCCUUAUGAGACGUUCUUGAUUUCGUUUGGGUUUUUAGCGCGAUAUUAGUAGAAAAAUUUUGAAAAUUUAGCGAAGAAGAAACCUUUUAUACAGGGUAUUUUUAUUUCCGAAAUCGACUGAUUAUUCUUGAAUAUUUACUUUUCCGGCACAUUGAAUAUUCAACUAAUAAUAAUUUUGUUGACGACAGAACUGAAACUAAAUCAAGAAGUACCUAUUACCCCACCUGUACCUCUUUCUUUAAUGUUAAAUGAUUUUUUCCUUGUCACAGAUUAUCGAGAAGAUCUCAAUUUAUGCAUUAAACAGAUAGGUAAAUCGAUAAGUUAAAUUUUUUGUUGUUAUUGUUGAAGCGGAGCGUUAUAAAUUGAGAUUUUUGUAAGCAAUUGCUGAGUUUCCAAAUAAAUAUCUCUCAUUUUUUAAUUUUGUUAUUUUCAUCAAUCCUUAUAAAUUACAUACAUUAUUGAUAGUGUAAUUAUGUUUUUGAAGAAUUUGGAUACACUUUCAUUCGUAAUCAUUUUUGUAAACUCCAGUCAUAUCUACAGUAUAGAAUAAUUACAUAAUUCAUUUUAAAAUUAAAUCGAAUUUAUAAUUAACUUUUUACUCUAGUCUGUCAUUAAUAUGAGUGAUUUUUUUGGAAAGAGUUCAUUUUUUGGAGGCUCAGCAAUUGCCCUUUUUUAUUAAAUUAUUAGAAAAAUAAACUGCUACGCAUCUUUUCAUUACAUACAAUGUAUACGACUUUAGUGAUGUUAUUGUAGAAUGUUAUUAUUAUAAUUAUAUCGGAUACUAACGGUGAAAAGGUGUGUAGUGAAACUUCGGAAAAAAACGACAGGUUUGUUUCUAAUAUACAGGGUGAUUUGGUGCAAUAGUCCUGUAUAAAAUUUGUUAAAGAACGUUUUAUUUCUACUUAAAUUUAGGUUAGAUUACACCCUGCUAUUGUGGACGAAUAUUAAUUCGUUUCAAUAGUAUCUACAUUACGAAACAAACUUAGCGUUUUUUUAAACAAAUUAAAAAACUAACCUAAAUGUUCAUAAUUUUGCGUAUUCUCCGUUACCUUUGUUAUUUGGUGCUCGGCCUGAACGGGUCUUACAAUCUUUGUAUACCAUUUUAAAGAUUUUUUUAUAUUUUGAAAUGAAGUAUACCGAAAUAUAUAUUGUAUAUAUUGUAUUAAGUAAUUUAAUGCCUAGAACACAUGUAUACUGAAAUGUAACGUACUAACCAACGUUCCCCAUUCUAAUAUUAAACGUGCAUUAUGUAAUACCUUUAUCAAAUACUUUAAAUUGUUAUUACCUUACUAUUACGUGCCUUGGAUGUGAUAGAAACCCUCCUCUUUUACGACAGUAGUUUGUAUUUUAUAAAUUAGUUUCAAUCAAAUCGAUUUCAGCAAACUGCUUUUAACGCGAAUAAAAUUUUGAAAUUAAUUACAAUUUGUAGUGUAACGUGUAAUGUGUAAUGUUGGUUGGUACUAGCCGCCUUUGAGCGAUCCGCCUCUACCCGUUUUGGCCCGCCCGCGAUAUUAUAAAUGUAUAUAACUCCGCAAGAAUGUUGGCUGUUCGAUAUUGAGUGAUUUUCCCAUCAAUAAAAUCAUCGCCUUAUCCAAUGUAUACGAAAAAAACAAAAAGAAAUAAUAAAAAAAGUUGAAAGAGAAAAUCAAUAGAGAUCUGUGAGACGCUUCGAUUAACCGUCGAAGCCUUUUGUACAAACGUAGGAGGAGAAAUUACCGCAAUUAUUUAUUUAAUGAAAGAAACGAGCUUUUAUCGGAUUUUAGUUUGGAUUUGUGUUCGUACGAAAUCAUUUUGACGGUUAGUCGAAGGUUUUUAUGGUAAAAAUAUCGUACCUUUGUGUUAAUUCCUAAGUAAGAGAGAAAAAGAGGAAUCUUUUAAUAAUUGUGUUCUGCUUUUAAUGAAAGUAUAUUAUUAAUAUUAUGGGACGAGAAUACCUCUAAAUUAAUUUGGUAACGCAGUGUCCUCUGUAUAGUGUUUUUUGAAACGUGAGCAUUAAAUGCUACAUCUUGU